AUGUUGAAGUUUUUCAAGUUCUUAUCUAGUUCUUUAGAAAAAUUAGCUAAUACUUUAAAACCAAACCGGUUUAAAGAAUUGUCUAAACAUUAUCCUGAACAAUUGGAUUUAGUAAAGGGAAAAUUGGAAUAUCCUUAUGUGUAUAUGGAUUCUCCAGAAAAAUAUGAUGAAGAAUCUCUACCAUAUAUAGAUAAAUUUUACAGCUCUCUUACGGGUAAAUAUGUAACACAAAAAGCAUUAUGAAAAUGCUAAAAAAAAUAUGGGAAACAUUCGAAAUAAAAAAUAUGAAAGGGUUUACUGAACUUUAUAACAAAAUAGACGUAUUAUUACAUACAUUACAGAUGUAAUGGCAAAUUAUAGAGAUGUUUUAUAAAGUCAUUUUAAGUUGGAUUCUGUUCAUUAUUAUACAACUCCAGGUUUUACGUGGAAUGCUAUGAUUAGAAAAACAGUUGUAGAAUUAGAACUAUUAACAGAUAUUGAUAUGUAUUUAAUGUUUGAACAUGGAAUACGAAGAGGUUUAUCUCAAUGUAGUAUUAGAUAUUCUAAAGCAAAUAAUAAAUAUAUUGGAGAGAAAUACAAAAAAGAACAAACAUUAAUGAAAUAUCUCUUAGAUUUGGAUGAAAAUAAUCUCUAUGGAUGGGGAAUGUGUAAAUAUUUACCUUAUAAAGAAUUUAAAUGGAGUAAUCCCGAUUGGUUUGACAUAGAAAAAAUUUUAAAAUUGAAAGUUGACCAGGAAAAUGGUUAUAUUUUUAAAGUAGAUUUGAAAUAUCCUAAAGAACUUCACGAUCUUCAUUCAGAUUAUCCACUGGCUCCUGAAAAUGUAUUUGAUAAUAAAGAAUUAUCAAAAUUAACACCGAUUCUAUAUGAUAAGAAAAAAUAUAUUCUACAUUACAUUAAUCUUAAGCUGUAUUUAAGUUUAGGUUUAAAAAUAUAGAAAAUACAUAGGGUAAUAAAAUUUAAUCAAAAAGAUUGGCUAAAACCGUAUAUAGAAUUCAACAAAAAUCUUUGUUAAUGAACCACAGUGUAUUUGGUAGGACUAUGAUGAACACAAGAAACCAUAAAGAUAUAAAAUUAAUUAAUGACGAGGAAAAAAUAGAAAAAUGGAUUGCUAAACCAAAUUUUGUAAAAAACUUAGUAGGUUUACAUAUGAAAAAAUCUGUGGUUAAAUUAAAACAACCAUUUUAUUUAAGAAUGUGUAUUUUAGAUUUAUCUAAAACUCGAAUUUAUGAUUUUUAUUAUAAUGUAUUAAAAAAAAAUAUAUAAAAAAAUAUUAGACUAUUAUACAUAGAUACAGAUUCUUUUAUAGUAGAAUUUACAACUGAAAACUUUUAUACAGAUGUAAAAAACAAUGAACAACUUUUAAAUGAAUUUGAUUUUUCAGAUUAUCCUGAGAAUAUUAAUAAAAAAGUUCCAGGAAAAUUUAAAGGUGAACUCAUGGUCAAAUAA